GCACGGCAACACCCGCCAUCUUUAGUUCUUACCCGGUUCAAGCCGUCCCGUUUCAACAGGGUCGCAAUCGUCGCAAUCGUCGCAACGCUAAUAUGUUCCAACGUCCCAGGCCAUCAGAUUGAUUCUCGGAUUGGCUGAAGAAGAAGGACCUCAAACGGAGUGAAAAGCAUAGGUCUGAUCAAAGUUGUAUUUGACUCAUUACCCAAGAAUGGCAUCAUUAGCUCAAACUCCAUUCAUGAUGUCUGCCAAUAAUGUUCGCAGAGUCCACCCUGCAAUGCAGAAAUCAGUGAACACAUCAAAUACAAUACAUAUACCCACCUUUUCUCACAUUCGGAUAAAACUUUCCCCUGUUUGCUGCACAAAACUGACUCGCUGCGAGCCCUCAGCUGCCUCAUACGCCCCCACGGAGAGUGCUGGUGACAACUUCUUGAAUAAAACCUCCAACAUAUUUGAAACCCUUUCUUCUAUUAGCAAUGAUGAAGCACCAGAAACCAACAGUGAAACGCUUACUGAUGCAAGUAAUCAGACAAAAACGGAGUUUCAGGUCCUCAAAUGGCCAAUGUGGCUCUUGGGCCCUUCUCUUCUCCUCAUCACCGGCAUGGUGCCAACUUUGUGGCUACCAAUAUCUUCCAUAUUCCUUGGCCCCAACAUAGCCAGCCUGCUUUCCUUGGUCGGACUUGAUUGUAUAUUUAAUCUUGGCGCAACCCUUUUUCUACUCAUGGCCGAUUCUUGUGCUCGGCCUAAACAGCCAGAACAAGCCUGUAAAAGCAAGCCCCCGUUUAGCUACCAGUUUUGGAAUAUGGUUGCAACCGUGUCUGGAUUUAUCGUUCCCCUAAUAAUGGCUUUUGGAUCCCAAAAGGGCUUCCUCCAACCCCAGCUGCCUUUCAUCUCAUUUGCAGUUCUAUUGGGCCCCUACCUUCUGCUUAUUUCAGUACAAAUUCUGACAGAGAUGCUGACUUGGCAUUGGCAGUCACCGGUUUGGCUGGUGACCCCUGUAGUGUACGAGUCUUACCGGCUGUUGCAGCUGAUGAGGGGACUGAAGCUUGGAACUGAGCUCAGUGCACCAGCAUGGAUGAUGCAUACGAUCAGAGGACUAGUGUCGUGGUGGGUACUGAUUCUUGGCAUGCAGCUGAUGAGAGUUGCUUGGUUUGCGGGUUUCAGUGCUCGAGCUCGUAAGCAGUAGCCGCCUUCUGCUGAUGACUAGUUUCUGGUGAUGUGUACCCCAUCUCGGAGAAGAAAUGACUCUGGCUUUUAAUGUUGUUUUGUGUUGCAAGUGAAGGAAUGUGUGGUUUAUCACCUUAUCCUUUGCUUUGUUCAUAUUAAUGUUAUCAAACAUUAAAAAUGAGAUCAUUUUUAUUCCAUGA